AUGGCAAACAAAUUUAUUCUAGUUCCUGAAGAUAUUUACAGAGGACUGACAACAUAUGAUGCAGGAGACCCCAACCUCGAUUUUAUUAGAAGUGAUAUCGAGAAAAUUAAGAGGAAAAAGGAUAAUCCCUCUGCUAAGAAUGUAAAAUAUAAUCAAGAAUUAAGAAGAUAUCUGCACAUUAGAAACGAACAACAAAAUAAACCAGUCAAAGUUGAAAUGGUAGCUAAUCCUAAAGGAGCAAUUAUGAGCACUAAUGCAACACGUCCCUCGUCUAAUUUAACAGAGGAUGAUGACGAUCUAUUAACAACUGAUGACAUUUCUCUUCCCUCAUACCCUAUACCCCCUAAGGAUAUAAAAUCUAUAUCAACUUUUAAUGCACCGAAUUUACCUCCACCACCGUCGUUGUCAUCAACUUAUUCUGCUAAAAAACAUUUAAAAAAUAUAGGAGAUGAAUCGCCACCUAUUCCUCCUUUACAACAACCUAUAGUUAAAAGAGAAAAUAAAUCCGACUUGAAGAAAUAUAAAGUGAAAAAACAUAUCAAAAAGGUUAAAACCGUUUCUAAAAAUAAAAAAAGACAAAUUCCCCAAGGGCAUUCUGAAAAUAUAGAAACAAACUAUAUUAAAACUCCAGCAAGUCCAAGUCCACCCAUUUAUCGCAAGGUUACAAAACGAGAACAAGAAAAUAACGAGUUUGAAGGAGUAAAGAGAAAGAAGAGAACAGAUAAAAAUCGAGACGAGGAGCUCAAACAGGAAACAUAUUUAUUGAAACAAAAAGCUGUUAAAUUAAAACACUUAGCCGAUAAAAGAAAAAUUUUAUCUGAAAGACGAAAAACUAGUCAAAAAACCAAAGUUCCAUUAGAUCCAUAUGAAAUUAGACGACUUCGUGAUAAAGAAAAUGAAAAAUCAAAAAGCAAAAGAAAAAUCAUGAGAGAAGGAAGAUCCCCCUCUCCACCAAUUAGUCGUCAGAAAGUAAAAAGGAAAUUUGAGGGGCCUAUUGAAAAUGAGAUGACUGUUAUGAAAAGACAAAGAAAAGUUACUAAAAAACAAUCAAAAAGAGCUUCAAAUUUAUGGGUUAAAAAUCUGAAGAAAAGAAAUGUUUAUAAAUCAAAAAGUAAAUGGGCAAUAAGAAAACCGACACAAAAGGAUAUCAACAGUUUUAAGCCAUCUCUUUGGUAA